AUGUGGAUCGACGAGCUGGAGGUCGGAUAUGUGGCUAAGGCGACCGAGGAGCAGGACAUGGGCAUGGGACAGGAGUCUUCUGGCUCGAUGGGGAUCGGCGAGCUGGAGGCGAAGGCGACCGAGGAGCGAAAACGAAAGGAGUCUUCUGGCUCGAUGGGGAUCGACGAGCUGGAGGUCGGCGGAGAAGGAUGGGGUGGGGGUGUGAGGGGGAAAGGAUGCAAGCGCUGGCUGCUGGCUGCAGAGGAGAUGCCGGACUCCGUACUUCGACCGUGCCAAAUCUUUCAGAAGGCGCUGGCAGCAGAGAUGGUCAAAUCCGGAACGAUCCCGGAGAUCCGCGGGAUGAAAUUGACUGAGCUGCCUGGCUUCAUGUACGCGGAAUUGCUUCAAAUAUCCCGGCCAGAAUUCAGUUGGCAGUUUCGGGAGCCAGCCUGCGCAGACGCAGCAGCCUUCAUCAAGCUCUGCUUGACAGGCCAAAACCCUGCGAUUUUCGGGACUCUGGAUGGAGCGCAGGAGGCAGCACUCGUUCCGGAAAGACUGAUGGACUUUCUGCGGGGCUGUGUUGACUGGCACGAGUACUUGUUGGACUUCGGCGACUUGUCACCAGAGUCCAUGGGCCCUCCUCUCACUCUCGCAUUCUUAGAGGCCAAUCUGGAUCGGCUCAAGACGCUGAAGCAUGAGCUGGGCCCAGCAGACGAGGACGAGGAUGCUUACUGCAAGGACUUGGAGAUGCAGCUGCUGGCGCCCUACCCAAGCGAGCACAAGGUCACGGUCACCAACGGCCUCACGGCCUACUAUCUGCUCUUGCUACAUGUGUCAGAAUCGAAACGUUUGGGCGGCAAGGACUGGCAGGGCCGCUGUCUUCCUUUGCAGACCAUCAGGAAUGCUUGCCACCUCAUGGCGCACUCAGUCCUGGCAGCUAUGUUCACGGCCGCCGACGGGCCAUGGCGUCUAAGGUGUCGUCAGGAGCACGUGGCCGAAGCACACUUCUCGCGAUUGAAAAAAUCAUGGCGCGGAACACCGUCGCUGCUAAAUGCUAUCUACUCAGGGCAACUGGAGCACAUGCGGGCUUGCCGUGAGGCCAGAAAUUUCCAGUUUUCCGCCGUGUCGCCGGCGACUCCUGUCGACACCCGCCUGGCCGGCGAGUUGAGCAGCCAGUGCUUCCGUGACGCGUGCAUGUUUCAAGCCUCGAUAUCGAAAAGCCGACGUGCAGAGAACAUCAGCCAGGAUGAAGAAAAUGAGUUGGAGUCCGAUGACAUCUACGAGGAGGUCAUUUUGAACGACGACGAGGAGGAAGCGGACGACCCCAGAGAUGAGCAAGCAGCGGAUGCCGUCAACGUCAAACAGGAACUCCUGAGUUUGGCCGGACAGCUGGACCCGGAAAGGCCAGAGCAUGAUGCAGCACUGGCACUGGUUCCGACUACUGCCGCCGAACCUCCAGCCGCACCCGUUUCCAUGCAGACAGGGCCUGGCGAUGCAGCGACCAGUUGUGCCAACAAGGUCCCCGUGGAUGCGUUUUCGCAGCAGACCUGGCCAGCAGACGCCAAGCUCAACAUUGCCAAUGUCAUGAUGAGAUUGAGGGACCUGCCACCUUUCCAGAAGCCUCCGACAAGCGAGACAGCCCUGACCUUGGUCACGGCGCGGAUGGAGGCCAUGCGGGAGCCCCUGCAGGACUUCUGCCAGGAAGUGCUCCUACAAGGAGCCUUGUUGUCCAAGGCACAGAUCACCAGGAAUUGCGAGCACUCGCCGACCCAGUGGAACAUCUUGCAACACGAACUUUGUCUUGCUAGACAAGCUGCUGCUCUGUCAGGCCAACGGCAAAGCCGGAGUCAGACAUGGACACAGACGCAAGAGGUCAUCCACUGCAAGUCUGGGGACACCACGCAAAGUGGAACUGUGCACCGCGUGACAGCUUUCGGCAGCUUUGGUCUCGAUCAGAUUGUGCUGUUCGUCAAGCCCGACCAGAGUGUUGGCAUCGCCUUGACCCUCACCACCUUCAGAGGCGCUGUCCUCACAGGCAAGCAUGCCACGAGGAGGUUGAAAGUCUGCCGCCAUGCAGCCUGUCCCAUGCCGGUUGGCUUGUGCAAAGCCGUCCGAGUGUUGGAGCUGGUGCAGGCAUGCCGGAGUCCGGUGGCAAUCGCCACCAAGCAUGCCUGGGUGGGCAGUUUGCUGAAUCCCAUCUCCGUCAUCGAGCCGCAAUGCAUCGUUGCGCAGAUCAAGCCCAUGAACGUAGAUCACGGUUCGAGUCGUGUGACCGUUAGAUUUUCUGACGAUGCAUUGGCUGCGAAGAACACUUUCGUGGAGAAGCGUGCAUGGGAAGACACAGCAGCAAUGCAGACGAUCGCGAAGGAACCACCCUCUACAGUAUCGAAGCUCGAAGGUCUCACACUCAAGCAUUUCACGCACACGAGCGCUGCGAAACACAUCCCGAUCUUCCUCCAGAAUCUGCCGGCUCUGUACCAGAAGGCUGCUUUGCCGCUGCUGGAUGCGAGCGGCUGCUUCUGUCUGUCCACGAAAUCCACGAAGCAGAAUAAGCAGAUCAAAUGGAGCGAAGUGGUGGCCAGAGCUCCUGCGUGCUACGACGUCAUCCUUGCGGGGCAGGCAAGCGCACAGUACAGCCGUGCCAUCUUGACCGACCUCCGGCGCCUGCUACCGUCGAAAGACAGUGGCCUGACGCAAGUCUCCGCAUUUGUACAGAAGGUUGAUGAGCUAGCAAUCCCGUGGCUUCCUUUGACCUGUGAGGUUGUCGGCCUCUUCGCCAAGGAUGAGAAGGAUGCCAUGUGCGGCGAUGUGCGGAACGACUUCGUGAAGGAGAACCCGAACAUGGAGGAGAAUUUGCUCAACAUGUACAACUAUCUCAUGGACCGUUUGCGAGACAACCUCCACGUCUGCCUCUGCUUCUCGCCGGUGAACGCGAAGUUCCCGAUCCGAGCUCAAAAGUUCCCUGCGGUCUUCACCGUGAACAUCAACUGGUUCAUGCCGUGGCCAGAGGCUGCUUUGGUCGCCGUGAGCAGUGCCUUCUUGAGCACCUACAAGUUGGACUGCUCCGAGUCUGACAAAGGACGGCUCUUUGCCCUCACAGGCUCCUUCCAGGCCCUGACGCGAGACCUGUGCGACGUUUACUACUCGCGCAUGCGAAAGAAUGUCUACGUCACACCGAAAAGCUUCCUGUGCCUCAUCGACUUCUACAAGGUUCUUUACGCCAUCAAGUACGAAGAGAUUAACGUGCAGGAGAGGAGUGUCAACGUGGGCCUGCAGAAGUUGAAAGAGGCUUCUGAGUUCGUGGAGAAGCUGAAGGUCGAGCUGAAGGAGCAGGAUGUGGUCUUGCGCGCGGAGGAGAAGAAGACCACGGCUCUCUUGGAGAAGGUCAUGGCGGAGAAGGCUAAGGCGGACAAGAAAGCAGAGCAAGUCAACGCCCAGAAGGCCGAUUGUCAGGCUGAGGCGGACAAGAUUAACGGCGAGAAGGCCGAGGCCCAAAUCGAGCUGGACAAGGCUUUGCCCUUCCUCCACGAGGCCGAGUCCGCCUGCAACUCCAUCACCAAGAAGGAUAUCACGGAGAUCAAGACCAACAACAAGCCUGUGGAUAUCAUCAAGCUGACCUUCGACGGUCUGCAAAUUCUACAGUCGAAGUCGGUUAUCUCCGUGAAGGAUGUUGAGUCUGGAGCAGGUGGAUGA